AUGGCCUAUCCGGGAUACGGAGGAGGGUUUGGAAAUUUUAUUGGUCAGAUGCCAGGAAUGGGACAGCCAGUGCCAGUGCUCCCUGGGGGCUACCCCGGACACCCAGCUUAUUUGAACAAUUACUCCUCAGCCGAAGGCCCCAUGUGGACAUACUUUACCGCUGUUGCUGGACCGGAUGGUGAAGUGGAUGCAGAAGAACUUCAGAGAUGUUUGACACAGUCUGGAAUUAGUGGAACUUAUUCUCCCUUCAGUUUGGAAACCUGCCGAAUUAUGAUUGCCAUGUUGGAUAGAGAUUACACAGGAAAAAUGGGAUUUAACGAAUUCAAAGAACUUUGGACAGCUCUUACUGCCUGGAAACAAAAUUUCAUAGCUAUUGAUCAAGACCGAAGUGGCACAGUGGAGCAUUAUGAGUUGAAUCAAGCCAUUGCUGCUAUGGGUUAUAGGUUGAGUCCUCAAACCUUAAGUGCUAUUGUUAAACGUUAUAGCAGGCAUGGCAGGAUCUUCUUUGAUGAUUAUGUUGCCUGCUGUGUGAAGCUUCGGGCUUUGACAGAUUUCUUUAGGAGAAGAGACCAUUUGCAACAAGGGGUUGUGAAUUUCAUAUAUGAGGAUUUUUUGCAGGGCACGAUGACAAUUUGA